ACCCAAGCACAGUCCGCAGUCAAGCUCUAUUGCAGCUAUUGCGGCGCGCGGAGCACCAUAAACGCAUAGAGAAGCUUUAAACGACAGCUGUGCUGCUGCGCAAACCGCUCUUGACGCACAGCGCCUAGCAGCAACACCCCCAGCGGUACCGCCUCAGCAGCGCGCACGCCGCGCAGCGCGCACGCCGCCGCAGCGCGCACAAAAACAUGGCCGACGCCAUGGAUGUCGACAGCGCCCAACCCAGACAGUUCCGCUUAAUCAAGGCCUCCGGCGACGCCCACGUCGCGCGAUUACCGCCGUCGCUCGGCGCGCGGCUCUUCGACGACGCGCGCGCGCAGCUGACGGAGGAACUCGAGUCGGACGUGAGCGAGGACGAGCAGGACCCCGACGCGAAGCCGAACUUUCGGCGGAGACGACGGCGGUUCCGCGGACGAAAGUUGAGACAGCACUCGCGGUGGCGAAUCGAGGUGCCGGACGGUUCGGGACCGACGGCGCUAGUCGGCGCUAGGGAAGGCGGCGUCGCUUCCAAAUAUGCGCUACUCCGAGAGACGGCAGCUGGAGCCGUGGAAGUGCUCAGCGUCAAAGACUGGUUCGCCUUCCGGCCGCCGGUGACGCACGCCACCCUAAACAGCGAAGAAGUCGAGACGGCCAUGGCCAAGGAUAGUGUGAGGUACGACGUCGCCGCGGCGGCGCGCUUGCAGCCCUGGCGCCGCGACCAGGGUCAACCCUCAGCCAAACCUAAAAAGAAAACGGGCGUUUUUGGAAGGUUAGCAGCAAAACUCGAAGCCGACGACCCCGGUGUGAAGGAGAGAACGACGAAGGGCCGGAAGGGCGGUUCUCGCGCGGCCAAGGACUUGUUCCGGAGCGAAGGCAACGAGGCGCACGGUGAUAUCGAUUUUGGGAUGAACGCGGCGGGCGGCGACCGCGACGAGGACAUUAUUGAGGGGAGAGGCGACGACGGCCUGGACGUCGAGGAGGACUUCCAGGACGACGAGGCCGACGAAGAAAAACACGAUUUGGAUGGGUUAUUUUUCCGAGAUGAUGCAUUGAGUGAUGAUGAAGUAGCGGACGACGAGGAUGAUACCUUAACACCGGAGCAGCGCAAGGCCAUGAAGGAGCAAGCUCGGAAAGAUCGCGAGCAGGCCGCGUUGCUGCGGGGCCAGGCGCCGACGAAGCGCGCGUGGCGCGAGGCCGAGCACGAGGAGGAGAAAAAUAAAAGGAGGAAGGUCGAGUCGACGCAGAUGGGCCAGCACUCGCAGGCCUGGGACCACACGAAGGCGCAGAAGCCUACCGUCGUGCUAUCUUCCUCGUCGAAGAAGCGCCCGAAAGUAUCAUCUUCGGAUGAUGCUGCGGAACUUACCGAGGCGGAAGUGCGCGGCGCCUUACAAGCCGCGGGCGGCCGCAUGAAGACGAAGGAUCUUUUAGUAAGGUUCAAGGCGCGGCUCAAGGCGAACCCGGCGAACAAGGACGCGAUCAAGCGCAUCUUGCGGGCCGUCGCGGACGUGUCCGACGAGUCGGGCGUGCGCGUGCUCGUGCUGAAGGCGGAGUAAGUCCUUAGUUGCCCA